UACAAUGGACUAAUGUCAGUAAAAAGUUGAACAAUUUAUAAAAAUAAUUUAUAAGUUAUAAUUUAAUAAAUUAUCCAAGACAAUAAUGUGAUAAUGAUAUUAUAGUGAAACUAUUAAUUAUAAAUAAGUAUAAGACUAAAUCAAAUUAUCUUGACAUUUAUAAAUAUAAAUAUUUACUAAGACUUAACCUUAUAAGCUGACACAAAAGCAUAAAAAUGACAGCAUCAGAUUUUUUUGGCUGUGCUUUACUGGCAUUUGGGCCACCACUGGCAAUGUUUGCAAUAACAGUAUCUUCGGAGCCAAUAAGAAUAAUUAUCCUGAUUGCCAGUGCGUUUUUCUGGCUGAUAUCUUUGCUGUUUUCGUCGAUACUCUGGUAUGCGGUGGUCCCGCUCCAGAACUACCUGGCGUUCGGUCUGGUCUUUUCGGUUUUAUUUCAAGAAGCCUUCAGAUAUUUGUUAUACUGGGUUCUGAGAAAAGCUGAAAAAGGAUUGGAAAAAGUAACGACAGCUCACCUGGCAAACAGCAGGCACGUUUUCGCGUACGUAUGUGGUCUAGGUUUCGGUUUCAUGAGCGGAGCCUUUGCGCUGGUGAAUGUUUUGGCAGAUGCGGUUGGACCUGGGACGAUGGGUCUCAAACAAGGCUCUGAAUAUUUCUUUAUAAUGUCGGCUGCCACGACUCUUUGCUUCAUUUUACUGCACACAUUCUGGGGCGUGAUAUUUUUCUCAGCAGUUGAUGAAAAAAAAUGGACACACAUCGCCUGGGUUGUCUUGUCUCAUUUAUUCGUCUCCUGUAUGACGUUGAUAAAUAGAUACGAAGCUUAUACUUAUAGUUUACUGUCUUCAUACACAGUACUUAUAAUUACAAUGGGACUGGCAUUUAAAGUAGCCGGUGGUAAGAUACAAAAUAUUCCCAAGUGCUUCACGCUCAUCAAAAGAGAUUAAUUAUUAUAAUCACUUGAUUUCAAUUAUUGUAUUUAAAUAGCAGGAUUUUAUAAUAUUUAUUGUC